CUGGAGAACGGCGACGCGGACGAGCCCUCCUUCAGCGACCCCGAGGACUUCGUGGACGACGUGAGCGAGGAAGAAUUACUGGGAGAUGUCCUCAAAGACCGGCCCCAGGAAGCGGACGGAAUCGAUUCGGUGAUUGUAGUGGACAACGUCCCUCAGGUGGGACCUGACCGACUUGAGAAGCUCAAAAAUGUCAUCCACAAGAUCUUUUCCAAGUUUGGGAAAAUCACAAAUGAUUUUUAUCCUGAAGAGGAUGGGAAGACGAAAGGGUAUAUUUUCCUGGAGUACGCGUCCCCGGCCCACGCUGUGGAUGCUGUGAAGAACGCCGACGGCUACAAGCUUGACAAGCAGCACACGUUCCGGGUCAACCUCUUCACAGAUUUUGACAAGUAUAUGACCAUCAGUGACGAGUGGGAUAUUCCAGAGAAACAGCCUUUCAAAGACCUGGGGAACUUACGUUACUGGCUUGAAGAGGCAGAAUGCAGAGAUCAGUACAGUGUGAUUUUUGAGAGUGGAGACCGCACUUCCAUAUUCUGGAAUGACGUAAAAGACCCUGUCUCAAUUGAAGAAAGAGCGAGAUGGACAGAGACAUAUGUGCGUUGGUCUCCUAAGGGCACCUAUCUGGCUACCUUUCAUCAAAGAGGCAUUGCUCUAUGGGGGGGAGAGAAAUUCAAGCAAAUUCAGAGAUUCAGCCACCAAGGGGUUCAGCUCAUUGACUUCUCACCUUGUGAAAGGUACCUGGUGACCUUUAGCCCCCUGAUGGACACGCAGGAUGACCCUCAGGCCAUAAUCAUCUGGGACAUCCUUACAGGGCACAAGAAGAGAGGUUUUCACUGUGAGAGCUCAGCCCAUUGGCCUAUUUUUAAGUGGAGCCACGAUGGCAAAUUCUUUGCCAGAAUGACCCUGGAUACGCUUAGCAUCUAUGAAACUCCUUCUAUGGGUCUUUUGGACAAGAAGAGUUUGAAGAUCUCUGGGAUAAAAGACUUUUCUUGGUCUCCUGGUGGUAACAUAAUCGCCUUCUGGGUGCCUGAAGACAAAGAUAUUCCAGCCAGGGUAACCCUGAUGCAGCUCCCUACCAGGCAAGAGAUCCGCGUGAGGAACCUGUUCAACGUGGUGGAUUGCAAGCUCCACUGGCAGAAGAACGGAGACUACUUGUGUGUGAAAGUAGAUAGGACUCCGAAAGGCACCCAAGGUGUUGUCACAAAUUUUGAAAUUUUCCGAAUGAGGGAGAAACAGGUACCUGUGGAUGUGGUCGAAAUGAAAGAAACCAUCAUAGCCUUUGCCUGGGAACCAAAUGGAAGUAAGUUUGCCGUGCUGCAUGGAGAGGCUCCGCGGAUAUCUGUGUCUUUCUACCACGUCAAAAACAACGGGAAAAUUGAACUCAUCAAGAUGUUCGACAAGCAGCAAGCAAACACCAUCUUCUGGAGCCCCCAAGGACAGUUCGUGGUGUUGGCGGGCCUGAGGAGUAUGAAUGGUGCCUUAGCGUUUGUGGACACUUCGGACUGCACGGUCAUGAACAUCGCAGAGCACUACAUGGCUUCCGACGUCGAGUGGGAUCCCACCGGACGCUACGUCGUCACCUCUGUGUCCUGGUGGAGCCAUAAGGUGGACAACGCAUACUGGCUGUGGACUUUCCAGGGCCGCCUUCUGCAGAAGAACAACAAGGACCGCUUCUGCCAGCUGCUGUGGCGGCCCCGGCCUCCCACGCUCCUGAGCCAGGAGCAGAUCAAGCAAAUUAAAAAGGAUCUGAAGAAAUACUCAAAGAUCUUUGAACAGAAGGAUCGUUUGAGCCAGUCCAAAGCCUCAAAGGAAUUGGUGGAGAGAAGGCGCACCAUGAUGGAAGACUUCCGGAAGUACCGAAAAAUGGCCCAGGAGCUCUAUAUGGAGCAGAAAAACGAGCGCCUGGAGUUGCGAGGAGGUGUGGACACUGACGAGCUGGACAGCAACGUGGAUGACUGGGAAGAGGAGACCAUAGAGUUCUUCGUCACUGAGGAAAUCAUCCCUCUUGGGAACCAGGAGUGACCUGGGAGCACUGUGGGGGCAGACUGCACCCGCUGCUCCCGCACUGAGCUGCAGGACAGAGCGUGAGCCGCAGUUCCUCUGUUGCAGUGCAGCCGCGUGUGGUGUGUGGAGCCGAGGCCGUCCUGCAGGAAGCCCACGUGACUGCCGCCGCCUCCCCGUGCUCUGUGGCCCUGGACUGUGACCGCGCCUGGAUUCUGCCAUUGCGACACGUUUUUGUGCCUUUCAGCCCCUGGUGUCUGCAGUGGGGUGUUUAAGGCACCCGCUUCCACUUCUUUCUUCUU